GUGGAACUUUUCGAAGAUGCCAAUGGCGUCUCUCUGUGUGUCUCCUCCUUGCAGGAGCGCUUUUGCAGCACUUGAAGGUGGGCAAAGCAUCAUAUAAGCUGAGCAGCUCAGAAGCUCUCCCCGCAGGCGGUUGAGAACCCUCAAUUGCUAGGAAGUGCAGCAAUGCGGCUUUGAAUUUUGAAGCAGGUGCCUAACGCAGCAUUCUACGGUCUGCAAUUGCCUGUCCCCCAAGAAUUUGGCCUCUCGAUACUUUAAAUUCUAAACAUCGCUUUGCUGAUAGGCCCCGCCGCUGUGCAAAAGUGUUCAGUGGUGGGGACAAACUUUGAGAAGACAGUCUGAGUACCACCAGCAUCAAGAGAUCGUGAAGGAAAGUGACUGACGCCGUCGCUUCCCUCAUGUUAGACACUUGCGAGACGGGCUUCUGCUGCGAAGCUCGCGAGGACUAGCUGGCUCUCAGUGACUUUUGAUGGCAAGCCAGAAGGAUACCUUGGACAAGGCGGUUGCAUUCUUUCAAAAAAGAGACGGGGUUGACAAAGCACUGAAGAUAUGUAGGUACACAUCAAAGCUGCUGCUCAAGACAGAUGUUGUUGCUCCCAGCUCGCACUUGGCACAGAGGCUAGCGGAAUUUGAAGGAAGCGUUGGAAUCAGCAGAAAGGCAUUCCGGCUAGGAAAGUUCCUGCAAGACUUGGACGCAGUAAGGAAGGGCCCAAAGUUGUCUACCAGGGAUGGACUUCUUCAUCUCAUUGCCAAUGGGUUUGAGGGCGCAUACUACUUCACCGAGCAAGGCAUCUGGCUGGCCAAAGCAGGACUGAUUGACAAGAGGCACUGCGCGCCCUUAACAAAGAUCAGUGCGUGGACCGAGUUCUUUGGCUACUUUGGGAGUGUUUCUCUCAGCUUGUUGGCCAUCUCAUCAACGUACAGACGAGAAGCGGAGUUGAUCAACGAGCUUCGUGCACAAGGAAAGACAACGGUGGGCGAUGGAAGUGAGGACGAUGUUCGAUUGAAAGAGCUUGCACAACUGCGAGCUAAGCGACUCUUGAAGAUGAUAGCAGUCGCCCAGGAUGCAGCAGAUGCACUGCUCGCCCUAGAUGACAUGAUGGAACGGAAAAGCGUGCUUAAGAACCCGGCCCUUUUGGCUCUGGCCGGCCUGUUGUCGGCUCUCAUAGGCGCCUACAAAUGCUGGCCAACUUAGCUGAAAACGACUGAGCCACUUGAUUGGGUUCAAAGCUUUAAAUUGCGAACUAGAGCAUGCUAUGAACUUCGAGAUUGACUUGUAAUUAGAUGAGGGUAAAAUAGUUCUCUUAAAAGCAGUGUUUCAAGUGCUUUCUUCUUAAAAGCCCCGGGCCCGUGUCCAAACCAAAGCAAUGGUGGUGAUCCAUUACGAAGUCACAUAAAUCACUCAGUGACUCGAUCAGUGACGAUCCAGAACGUCGGAUCUGCUCAGAGCUGGCCCUGACUCAGUAAAGUAGGUAUGUACCGUCUGGCACAUGCGUCAUGCUGGCGUACAGCCCCAAAUAUACUCCGUCCUGUCAUGGCG